CCUCGCGACACAACAUCUCUGCCUUCCGACACAACAUCCUUUCCUCACCAUGACUACAGAAAAAAAUGUCAAUCUUGUAAACAUGAACAUCAGUACAAAAUCUGACUAUGACAACCAUGGCUUCUCCCAUAAAGAAGAAAGUGUAGCCAUCAGCUACCCGGUAAAUGUAUCAAAGAGCAGCAGCAAGAAACUUAAGUGGACAUGCUGCCAGAUGGUCUUCAUCAUCCUGGGUUCUCUCUUCGCCCUGGUGGGGAUCAUCAUGCUGGCCGGGGCGUACCAGGCACUCUUCGACGCCAUCCUGAAAUCUCAAAUGGAGAUUGAACCUGGAUCUCAGGCGUAUGAUAUCUGGCGGCUGACCCCUGUUCCACUCUACAUCUGCUUUCAUAUAUUCAAUCUAACUAACCCGAAGGACUUCCAGAAGGGAUCCAAAGCCAUUCUGGAUGAGGUUGGACCCUACUGUUACAGGGAAUAUCACGAGAAGCAGAACCUGACCUUCCACGACAACAAAACUGUGACCUUUCUGCAGCAGCGGUGGAUCUGGGACCAGGAGGCCUCCGGUAACCUCAGCCAAGACGACGUCAUCAUCACUCUCAACACCAUCCCUGUGUCUGCCGCGUGGAGUGUGAGAGACAAACCAUUAAUGCUCUUCGGCCUCAAUACGAUGCUGGUAACCAUCAACGAGGAGCUUACCGUGGAGACGACCGUCGGAGAAAUCUUGUUCAACGGUACCUCGGAUCCCCUGUUGGACUGGAUGCACGACCAAAUGGCCAACAGCUCCAUCAACCUGCCUGAUGUGAUCGACAUUCCUGCAGGGCUCCUUGACUACGACAAGUUCGGCUGGUUCUAUAAGCGAAACUUAUCACUGACGUAUGACGGCCUCUACAACAUGCACACUGGUCAGGACACUCUACAGAACUUAGGGCUGAUAGACUGGUGGAACUACGAAUACAACACCACGUUCUUCGACUACCCUUGUAAUGUAGUGACGGGAUCUGCGGGCGAGCUCUGGCCUCCAGGCCUGCAGAAAGACUUCAUUCAGUUCUUCAGCUCAGACCUAUGUAUGAGCGUGAAGUUGUUCUACAAGGGGGAGAUCACUGACAACAACAAUGUGGCUGGCUACCGUUACUGGGGCACCAACGAAACCUUCGCUAAUGAAACUGUUGUCCCGGGCAACGAGUGUUACUGCGUCAAAGGCACUUGUGCCCCCACAGGUCUUCUGAACGCUGAGUCGUGUCGCAUGGGGUCCCCAGCGUUCAUUUCCUUCCCUCACUUCUUGAACGCUGACCCUUUCCUACUGGACGGCGUGGAGGGCAUGACGCCUCCUGAAGAGGAAAUACACUCCUUCUUUAUAGACAUCAUACCGGAGGUUGGAACCCCCAUGUCAGUGUCGGCCAGGAUGCAGAUCAACAUGCAUGUUGUGCCUUACCCGGGCACCAAGUUUCCUUACAUGGAUAAAGUGAACAUCCUCAGCGAGGUGACGGAGGUAUACUUACCAUUGCUGUGGUUCGAGGAGACGGCUCAGUUACCCCCAGACAUGGCCAGACAACUCAAGAUUUUGCUUUUCAUCAUGAACACCCCGACCACCACCAUCAUAUUCUCUCUAUUUAUUGGUCUUGGUCUCCUCACCGUCAUCAUCGUCCUGGGAGAACGAUACAGGACCAAGAAGCACUCGAAAGUUUAAGUCGAAUCUGUGGGUUAACGCUCUGUGUUGCUUCAAGUGCGGCAUCUUGAUGCCGGCAGAAACCUCUUCAUCCAAGAAGCAGCAGUUACUGUCUUCCCCGGGCAUUGUAAGAUACCUAUGGUAAUGGAACAGCGAGUAGGUCUACUGCCAUCCACACUGUAUUGAGAUAUAGGAUUUUGAGAAGACGCGACCUAUGCAAAAUGCAUGUUUGUUAGUGUCAUCACAAAAAAUAGGCUUAGCGCUUUUCCCAUUGAAUACAACAAUAAUACUAAUAAUAAACACUGUAGGUUUUGACCUGAGGUUAAGGAUUAAAUUAAAAUUAAAUAAUUAUUGUUAAGCGCUAAGCCCAUGCGGAGGAUUGAUCCUCCAGAACAAAAACAGAAGGGACUCACAGGUAAGGACCAACUAGUGGUGAGGGGAAAUAGGGAUAGUUAAAGAAUAGAUGGUGGAGAGUAAAGAAUUACAGAGAAAUGAAAAGAGUCUGGGUCAGACCCAACACCAAGGGCAUUGUAAAGUAUUAUGUAAGACUUGGGUUGGUGCUCAUCAUCGUCUCUUCUCUUCAGCAAGACUGGUAGCGCAAGUCUGGCAAAAUGUCGGACUGUGUGGUGGCACCAAACGACACUAGGUAAGCUAUUCAACUGAGCUGUACAGACGCCCCUCUACGGCUAUGGCAUUUGAAAAGAGAAGAUGGAGAGAUAUAAGAAUUAAAAGCAAAGGAUGGUAAUUACUUUAAGAUCAUAUAGGUACAAAAAGCAUGAAAAAAGUGCAAGAAAAGAACAAGAAAGUGCUUCAAAACGAGCAAGAUAAGUGGCUAGGGAAAGUUAAGUGUAAAGUGGUGGAAGAACAGGAUUGUCAAGAGCUCUGAAGAGGUUUUCAGGAUUGUUAGGGCGUCUGAAAGUGUUGUCAAGGAAGAAAGUCCGACAGUCAUGGUGUUUCUCUAGUCUAUCGAGCUGUCUAUCGCUAAGUGUUUUUCAAAACACAUUCAGAGCUGGUAUGCCAGUCCUGAGGUGGAGUGACUCGCAUGUGGCGUAGUCCUGCUACCCUGCUACCUCACGCCCAGCACCCACCGCAAUGCCCGGUUCUGGAUACGUUGUAGCUGUAAUGCGUUAGUCUUAGCAGUCAGUGUUAAAGCAAGUGGAGUAUAAGUGAUGAGAGGUCUGAUGAUAGCAGUGUGUAAAUAGUUUCGUGGCGGGACGUUCACCUCUUAGCUUGUAGAGCUGUCUUAGAAGUGAUGCUUACUUUCAUACGCAACUUGGAAUCAAGGUUGACCCCAAGUACGACUGUGGAAGGUGUGCCUGGUAUAGGUGUUCGUGAGACACUGGUUCCGAGUUCGACAGGAGCAGUGAUGCCUCGUCUUUUAUGGAAAAAGAUAAUAUUAGACUUGCUGGCAUUGGUUUUUAUACACCAUAAUAGUUCCCAUGCGCUAAUCCUGUCUACCUCGUGUUUUGUUCUGUGUGUGAGGAAUCUGGUGUUUUCAUGUGCAGGGAGUUGUGUUCAUCCUCCAUUUGCUGAGCGCGAGACACACGCUUCGUGUUGGUACUCGUCUAGAUGUCGUCAAAUUCAGUAUCCCAGAUUCUUCUCUGCGUCUCGAGUCUCCACUUGAAGCCAACAAACGCCUGGACACCCUUACUCCUGGUAGUCUAUUUUUAUAAUCAGUUGUGAAGGUGCAGUAUGCGGCUGCCCUACUAUGAGCUGCAUCAGGGUUAGAAGGUCGACCAAAAUAACUAAUUAUAGUUACUGUAGCAUAUCCACUGAGUGAUGGCGCUGUGAAGCCGUCAUGCAGGAUGGUUCUCAUUAAUGAGAAAAUUAACCACCAUCAUGGAGGAUGAUUCUCAUCCAUGGGACAGUGCAGUCUGUCAGCCCGCCGUGAGACUACACUGAGCACUUGCUCAAAUAUUCUACAGAGUGAGAUGC